UAACCCUAACCCUAGCUACUUUCCCCUCCCGCAACCUGGUCGUGUCUCAGGGCGCAUCGCCGAAGGCCAAGCCCUCCCCUCCGUAGCAGCGAGCCGCCCGUCGAUCCAGGCGGGACGCGCCGCCGCCGCCACAGGCCCAAGCUCCGUCGCGCGUUCGACCACGAGGGAUGGAUCCGAUGGACAUCGUCGGCAAGUCCAAGGAGGACGUCUCCCUCCCCAAAUCAACAAUGACUAAGAUCAUUAAGGAGAUGCUGCCACCUGAUGUUCGAGUUGCAAGAGACACACAAGAUCUUCUUGUUGAAUGCUGUGUAGAGUUCAUCAAUCUUCUGUCUUCGGAAUCCAAUGACGUGUGCAGCCGUGACGACAAGAAAACUAUUGCUCCUGAACAUGUUAUUAGGGCUUUGCAGGAUCUUGGCUUCAAGGAGUACGUUGAAGAAGUUUAUGCAGCCUAUGAACAUCACAAGCUUGAUACUCUGGAGUCUCCAAAAGCAAGCAAGUUCACUCGUAUAGAGAUGACAGAAGAAGAAGCUGUUGCUGAACAGCAGAGAAUGUUUGCUGAAGCCCGAGCAAGGAUGAAUAAUGGAGCUGCAAAACCAAAGGAGCCUGCAUUAGAACCACAGAAUCAAUCUCAACAGCUUCCACAACCUCAACUGCAGCUGCAUCCUCAGGUGCAGCAGCCUCCACAACCUCAGCCGCAACUGCAUCCUCAAUCACAGCAGCCCCUGCAACCUCAACUGCAGCCGUAUACUCAGGCUCAACCACAGCAGCCCCUGCAACCUCAACUGCAGCCGUAUACUCAGGCUCAACCACAGCAGCCCCUGCAACCUCAACUGCAGCCGUAUACUCAGGCUCAACCACAGCAGCCCCUGCAACCUCAACUGCAGCCGUAUACUCAGGCUCAACCACAGCAGCCCCUGCAACCUCAACUGCAGCCAUAUACUCAGGCUCAACCACAGCAGCCCCUGCAACCUCAACUGCAGCCAUACACUCAGGCUCAACCACAGCAACCCCUGCAACCUCCACUGCAGCUGUAUACUCAGCCUCAACCACAGCAACCCCUGCAACCUCAAUCCUCAGGCUCAACCACAGCAACCUGUGCAAUCUCAACUGCAGCUCCAUCUGCGGCCGGCACCACUGCUGCUGCAACCUCAGCCCCAGCAAUCCCUGCAAUCUUAACUGCAGCUCCAUCAGCAACCACAUCAGCCGACGCAAGUGCCGCCGCUGCCCCAACCUCAACCCCAGCUACCUCAACUGCAGCAACCCCAGCCCCAGCCCCAGCCCCAGCCGCCAACACAGCUGCAAGCGGAACAUGGCCUGGACUGGACAGUUAGCGAUUUGGGACAUGUAGCCUCAGUAUCAGUUAAAAAUGACGUACUUCUGCUGGCAACAACUAGGCCUCUGCCACCAGUAAAAUUGUGCGUUAGGUUUGUCUGCAUCUUGUACAAUGUAAAUCGAGUGUGAUUUCAGCCACCGUGCCUUCAAUAAUCUGAACCUCUCUAGUAACUGGUGUACUUAUUGUAGUACUGGAUGCUGUGCUUGUGACUGCUGUAGUUUCAUGGUAUCGUGUCGUGUGUGCCGUGUCAGAAGCUACUACAUUAUUACCAGUGUAAUCAAUUGCCUAACUCAGUAUUUACUCGUGAUGAUAGUAAUUAAUUUCAGUGAGCUGCUGCUUGCUGAACUAUUGGUUGCGA